AUAUAUAUAAACCAAAAAGCGGUUUAUUAUAUAUCUUAUGUGAUAAAUCUCCUUAGUCUUUUAAAUAUAACUAUUUAAUUUUUCAUUAACCUAUAUAAAAAAAAGGCAUCACAAAUUAAUGUCGUGACUUGAAAAUCACUGCGGCGGGAAGUUGUCAAACGCAUUCACAGCUGUGUUUGGUGGAAAUUUAAGUGCUGUUGAGCACGAUUGUAUGACAAUUUUUAUAUAUUAAAAAUAAUAAUGGUCGAUCCGAACCGGAAGAUAAACCGCCUGGUUGACAGGGAGCUUAAUUUCUUGGAGUCGUGCGAGUUGGAGUUCGCGGACCGCUUCACAGAGGACGAUCCGGAGUUUAUGGCGCAUUGCAGCAAACCGUUGCCGGAUCCGCCAAUCGUUGAGAACUGGAUGGGUGGAGGAGGCGGUGGAGGUGGAUUCCAGGGCGGAGGAGGAGGAGGAGGUCAUCCGUACCAUAAUCGCUACAACGGAAAUCGCAGAGGAGGCGACAGGGGCUGGCAGCGGCGUGGAGGAGCCGGCUACCACAAUAACCAGGAUAGAGGAUUCAGAGACAACCGACGUCACAACAGAUACGACCCCAAAGACCGCAGGGAUCGCUAUGAAGGAGGUGGAGGAUCCGCAUCUGGUGGAUACAAGCGAUCUCAUGAUCAUAACCAACGCAAUGAUCCUCCCAACAACGAACCGCCCAUGAAGGUCAGACGCGACUAUGGAAACUUUGUGCCUGCAUCCAAGGAUUAGUUAUCAAAAGUAGAAAAUAAGAAUACUCUUCAUAUUACAAUCAAUUAUUCACA